AUGUCGGCAGCAAAGUUUCCGCCGGCCUACGUCACGGAAUCUAGAAUACGGAACACCGCACUAUGUGAUUUCGUGACGCGAGUGCUCUCUGAUCGUCUGCGCGGCGGCGGGGGCACGGAUUGGACGCAGGUGGUGCAGGGUGGUGGCUGGUCAGGAAGCAAGGGCGGAGAUCUUCAAAUAGACACGCCUGGGCAAUACGUGCUGGAACGCAGCAGCGUCGUUGCCAAAGCCGAGUUCAUUGAGGCGCGGGUGACUUUGGCGCUGCCUGCUCGCGGAAGGUCGAUCGAGGGAUACCGAGCCGCAGACAUCGUAGGUGGCCUCUGUGAGGCUGUGGAAGGCUCCCUGUUUUACAAGUCUCUGGAUGCAGCGGCUCUGCAGAGUCACAUCGAAGCCGUCGAGGAUCAGGAUGCCCUUCGCAAGCAGCUUUCCGGCUUAGGCUUGGUCGCCUUCGUGGGCAACGGGGCGAUCCUCCCUCGGAAAAGCGGAGUGGACGACAGGCCAAUGACCACCAAGGACUCGCCAAACCUGGUGACAUUCGAGAGUCCUACUUCCAUGGAGGUGACGGUGUCGCUGCCGCAUGCAGGAGAUGUUACUGGCAUGGGGAUCCAGAAGGGUGUGACCCUUAUCGUUGGCGGCGGCUUCCACGGCAAGAGCACACUGCUGCAGGGGACAGGGCUCCACUUCAGCAAGAAGCCUUUGAAUGUCGCAGAAGCAAGUAUGAAGUUUGGCAGUGAAGCAGAGGCGCUGCAGCUGGGCAUUUACAACAAGGUUCCUGGAGACGGCCGGGAGCACGUGGUCUGCGAUCCCCAAGCAGUGAAGAUCCGUGCUGAGGACGGCCGAUCUGUCAAAAGUGCGGACAUCUCUCCGUUCAUCAACAAUUUGCCGUUCGGCAAGCAGACGCAGCAAUUCAGCACCGGUGAUGCCUCGGGAUCGACGUCGCAGGCCGCCAACAUCGUCGAAGCGUUAGAGGUCGGAUGCACAACCCUCCUCGUCGACGAAGAUACUUGUGCGACCAACUUUAUGAUUCGUGAUGAGAAGAUGAAGGCACUCGUGGCCCCGGACAAGGAGCCAAUCACUGCCUUCGUGUGUAAAGUCCGAUCGCUGCUCGAGGAGCAAGGAGUCUCCACA